UUCGUCUACGAAUCAGAAAUCACUAAGAGGGUGUGAGCUUCAGGUGAUGAGUAUAAAAGUGAGUUAGUGUCAAGACAGAUACUUAAAGAAGACGCCGUCAUGUCUCAGGAAAUGUUUCAGAAGGAGCGCACUUUGAAAAUGCGAGAAAGGCUGAUUGGGCAGUCAUGCAGGCUCUUUUUCCCGCAAGACCCGGUUAAAAUCGUGAGAGCUCGAGGCCAGUAUUUGUACGACGAGAAUGGGACGCAGUAUUUGGACUGCAUUAGCAAUGUUCACCACGUGGGCCACUGCCAUCCUCUUGUCACCCAGGCUGCUUCUGCUCAGAUGGAGCUUCUUAAUGCAAACGCCAGAUUUCUCCAUGAUAAUAUAGUGCAUUAUGCUGAAAGGCUUGCAGCCACACUGCCCAAGAAGCUCUGUAUCUUCUACUUUGUAAACUCAGGGUCUGAAGCCAAUGAUCUUGCCCUGCGACUGGCCCGUCAGUAUACUCGAAAUGAGGAUGUGAUUGUUCUAGACCAUGCGUAUCAUGGGCAUCUUACCAGUCUUAUCGACAUAAGUCCUUACAAGUUCCGGAAGUUGGAGGGCCAAAAAGAGUGGGUUCACGUGGCUCCCCUUCCUGAUACAUACAGAGGCCUUUACAGACGAGACCACCCUAAUCCAGGCCAGGCCUAUGCGGACACUGUGAAGGAUCUUAUCGAUGAAGCGCAAAGGAAAGGACGCAAGAUUUCAUCUUUCUUUGUGGAGUCCUUACCCAGCGUUGGUGGGCAAGUCAUCUUGCCUUCUGGUUACUUUCCAAAAGUUGCAGAGUAUGUUCGAGCUGCUGGGGGAGUGUUUGUAGCUGAUGAAGUUCAGACCGGCUUUGGUCGUGUGGGAAGCCACUUCUGGGCCUUUCAGCUCCAGGGUGAAGAUUUCUGUCCAGACAUUGUGACAAUGGGCAAGCCCAUGGGUAACGGGCAUCCUCUGUCAUGUGUGGUCACCACAGAGGAGAUAGCUGGAGCCUUCACUGCCAAUGGAGUAGAGUACUUUAACACUUUUGGUGGGAACCCUGUGUCAUGUGCGAUUGGCCUGGCGGUCUUAGAUGUGAUGGAAAAGGAAGACCUGAGAGGGAAUGCUGUUCGUGUUGGCAAUCACCUGAAGGAGCUCCUUAAACAGCUCCAGGCCAAACACCCGAUCAUUGGAGAUGUACGUGGCGUCGGGCUCUUUGUGGGGCUUGAACUGGUUAAAGAUAGAGUGACUUUAACACCUGCAACUGAGGAGGCAGCACUGCUCGUUGGAAGGCUAAAAAUGAAGCACAUAUGUUUGAGCACUGAUGGACCAUGGAACAGUGUCAUCAAAUUCAAACCCCCCAUGUGCUUCAGCCUGGAGGAUGCUGAAAGGGUCUCUGCAGAAAUCAGCCAUGUUCUCAGAGAAUUUGAAGAUGCCUCCAACCAGGAACAACAGAAACAAUAGCCCUGUUUACAUGCAGCCUGCUAAUCUGUUAAUGCGACUGAUAGCUAAAUUGGAAUAGAAUAUGUACUUUUUUACACCUAAGUCAGAUUAGACUACUCUGAUUGAAGCUAUUUCAAAUACAGUCUGUAUCAACUGAAUGAGGUGAGUAAUUCUGGAAAUAAUCCAUAAAAUAGAAGAAUAUUAGCCAUGUAAAUACCUGUAUCCAAUGACAUUGUGUCAUAAUGGCGGUUUAUAACAUUCAGCAUGGCAAAAUACAGAAACUGGGCCACAGAGGAGACAAAGUUUAUGCUUCAAACUUUAAAAGACUUAAUUUAAAAAAAUUUUAAUUAUAGCCAUCCUGCUAACUAUUAAUGCUUACAGUAACGAGUUGUUCAGAUAAGUAUAUGAGCAAAUGAACAACAGUGGGUUGACCCAAACUGUCUCAGCAUGUCUUCCUCUUGCACCUUCUUUAAUAAGUUCAUAUGAAGGAUAAAUGUACUGAGUCUGCCUUCAUUUUAAGGCAAUUAAAAACAUAAGUGCACCUCCUAAAAACAA